ACACGCACGCACGCACGCACGCACGCACGCACGCACGCACACGCGCACUAACACUUUGCAAGGAAGUUUGGAACAUGCCUGGUUUCUCAGGCUCUCUCUGGGAAGACUGCUCAUCGCUCCCUCCCCUGAUGGUCCCAUCUGGCUCACUGCCUUUGCAGGCCUGUAAAACUCCCAGCUUCAACUUUGGACUUUGUACCGGCACUAGAAAUCCAUUUGUUUAUCAGAGCUGGUAGCAGAGCCUGCUGAGGUCUGUUCCUUCAGGGACAACCUGGACCCCUUCUUCAUUCCAGUUGCACUAAUCCACAAUAUUUGGGGAGGGAGCAAGUCUGCUUCCCCUCAAUCCUUGGCGAGGUGUUAAGAUGAGUCCUCCCUGCGGAGGGCGCUGCAAAUCCCGGUUGCUGCCCCGCCUUCCCUCCACCUGCACUUCCGCCCCGCCCACCCGCUGCGGUUCCAGGUGAGUCAAGCUCCCGCUCUGGCCCGCCCACCUGUCCAGGUUCAGCAGUUCCAGCCGGAAGCUACCUCCACGGACUGUGCAUAGUGUCUGAAGGUGGUCGUCUCCAAUAGUUCCCUAGUAUAAGCCUCACUGCGGUGGCACAGUGUGGGCCCCCGUGUGUAGAGGACUUGUACCCCAGGGCUGCCUGGAGCCUGGGGUGUCCCUGGAGCCAGAGCUUUUUCUGACAGAGGCCAAGGCUCACCGAUGUCAUCAGGCCUCUCCAUGACUGAAGCAAACCAAACUGAGUUCUCAGUGUACAACACCACCACGUCAACGACGGCCUCCGGAGGCCGGGCAUGGCCUGUGCUGGUAGGGGUUUUGCUGGGGGCCGUGGUCCUCUCCCUACUCAUUGCUCUUGCUGCCAAGUGCCACCUCUGCCGCCAGUACCGGGCCAGCUACCGGCAUCGCCCACUGUCCAGACCAGAGGGUGGGAACCGCCCACAGGUGGGUGAGGAUGAAGAUGAUGAUGGCUUCAUCGAGGACAACUACAUUCAGCCUGGGGCUGGAGAGAUGGAGGCUGCAGGGAGUCGGGACCACUUCUCUCUCUGAGCCCCAUCUUUGGACACUCCCCACUUCCCUCCACGCCUGGCACUUUAGAGACAGCGAUGCCUCAAACCUCAGGGUCAGAAGUGGCUAGAACUUAAAAGCUUGCCCAGGGGGCUGUUUUUCUGACACCAGUGUCAAAGUGACAAUUCUGGCUUUUCAGUAACUCCCCCGUGGCUUCCUGCUGUCCCAGGAUAAACCCUGGCAGGGCACAACUGUGGGGAAGGCCCCGUGUGCAGGCCUCUUGCCUCUUCCCUUUCCUCGCCUCCCUCCUCCCUGUCUUACUGAGUUUUUACCACAGCCGCCCGCUACUUGGGUGGCUUUGUCCGUCAUCAUGAUGGCGGCCCUGACCUAAAGAGUCCCAGGAUUUCACACAUGCCCCGGCAGGAGAAGACUGUGCCAGAUUUCUUACUGAAAAAAUUUUUUUCUUAUCAAAAUAAAGUAUGUGAUUUGGUUAUAAUGUUUUUCAAGGAAUUAAUAAAUCUAUUUUCAUUUUGGAUUAACAGAAGAAGUCGUCCCUUUUAUAUUUUCUCUGAUCCUAAACGCAUUGCUGGAAGAUGCUACCCAGAUCUCCUCUCUUCCAGGGUACCUCCCAUGAAUAUCUCUCUGGUCACAGUUUAUUUUAUUAAAGUAAUUCCCCCACCCCACGACAGGGUUUCUCUUUGUCACGCUGGCUGUCUUGGUCCAUCUGUAGACCUGGCUGGCCUCAAACUCACAGAGAUCCAUUUGUCUCUGCCUCUCCAGUGCUGGGAUUAAAGGUGUGCACCCGGUUUAAAAUAGUUUUUACCGGGCCAGUGAAAUGGCUCAGAAGAUAAAGGGAGUUGCUGCCAAGGCUGCCAAGGCUGAGUUUGAUCCCGGGGAUCCACAAGGUGGAAGGGACGGAACUGGCUCCCGAAUGCUGUCUUCUGACUUUCACACAGGUGUGGUGGCUCACUUGUGCCUAGGCACUAAAG